UACACUACAGAUAAAAUCUCAGUUCCGGGCUAAAGCUGAACAGAUUUUCUAUUCUAAAAUCCGAGGCAAACACUACAUCGAGGAGUCACCAUAGAGAUUCCCAAGCUUACAGUGCGGCCAUUUCCUCCUAUGCAGAAACUUGAGCAAGAGCGGUUUUCAACUGUCACUCUAGCUUUCCCCCUUCUCUGUGGUUCUCCUGGUUGCUAUGAGACGGCGAGACACGCGUGCGUUGCUAUAGAAACUCAACGGCGGAGCUCAUUCUUUUCAAGAGAGUGCGGAGAGGUGAAGAAAGGAAGCAAAGGAAGCAAAGGGAAGGGGCCAUAUCGCUGUGGUGAGCAGGGCUGGAGCCUGAAGGCAAAAUUCUUAGGUUUUUGAUUUUGGACAUUGAAUCAUCAUGCCUGUUCCAGAUGUUAUGUUCUGUGCACAGCAGAUCCAUGUUCCCCCUGAACUGCCAGAUAUUAUGAAACAAUUUACCAAGGCUGCUAUCAGAACCCAACCACGUGAUGUACUCCAGUGGUCUUAUGGGUAUUUCUAUGCUUUGUCAAAUGGAGAGCCUCUUCCUGUGAAGGACCGUGUUGAAAUGCCAGUUGCCACACAGAAAAAUGACACUGGUCUGACACCAGGACUCCUUAAAAUUUUGCAUAAACAGCUUUCUGAAAAGGGAACAGUGGAUAUAGCAGAACUCCAGAAAAAAUGGAAAAACUUGUGCUUGCCAAUGCAACAGCUGCACAACCUUCUUCGACUGGAUGAGUUUGUAGAGGGAGUUGAAUGGAUUAAGUUCUUUGCACUUGCGUGUAGUGCUCUUGGUGGGUCCUUACUCAGUUCUAUGAAACAUGCCUGUGGAAUUCUUACAAAUGAUCCAGAUGGUGGAGCAGCCCGCAUUCCAUAUGAUACUUUUGCAUUUAUCUAUUCAUACCUGGCUGGCUUAGAUGAGGAAAUACCUGAGGAAGAAGUAGAGACUUUUCUCAAAGCUCUUAAAGAAGCAUCGUCACGUAAGGAAUAUAUGGUUGGAGUUGCAGAUUUCGGCAAAUGAAGUCUUAAAACAAGACUUAGUACAUAACAGAAUAUGGAAUAA